GAAGAGCAAUCUAGGAAACAUUUGUUUCAGCAAUUCGUUCAGCGAUUUUGCCGUUCAUAGCCACCACGCAUCACGAAGAUGAACUUUCCGCCCGGUACAAACAAUUUUGAAGCCGAAUUGUUGAAUAAAAUCAAGGCCAAAAACUGGAUUUCACUCGAAAAAUGUAGUUCCAUUGCAAAAACACAGCUUCAGCAAAACGUGGGACGAAACGGCGAUAACCUUUUCUGCCUGUUGGCACGAUUGAUUACCAAAUUGCUGAACGAAGCAUCCGCGGUGGGAGUUGUCGAUUUAUUUGAAGAAUACUGUCGUCAGGUGAAGGCGGAUUUCUUUUCUCCUUGCCAACCCAGACUGCAUACUGAGUCUGUUGGGGAGGUUGAGAAUGAAAAACGUAUCCUGCUGGCUCGACAAACACUGGAAGCUAUAGAUCAAAUCGAGAGCGAAAAGACGACUUGGCGUCCAGCAGAUAAUCAGUUGUUUGUACGUGAACUCAAUGCCAUGGGAUUUGGGUUGCCCCGUGGGAUGGAUUACUUUAUCUGUGCCGAAAUGGACCGGCGAGUGCGCACUGACCCGCAUGUAAAAUUAUGCCAAUUCUGGGGCAUCGUGAGGGCAACGCGGUGUGAUUACUACAUUCUAGAGCUGGAGCAUCAUAAUCAAGGUUCGAGUAGCUCCAUCCAGUGGCCAGCUAGUAGUAGUCCACGACACUCGGAGAUAGUUUCCGGUAUCAUAAGUUCCUUGUUGGCACAUGGAUCGGAGACAUCGGAUGAAACCUGCAGUCCUUCUGAUCCGGUAGAGGCAGAAGCUUCGCUAAAAGAGAUUACCAUCCCGGUUGUUCUAGAUAUCUUGAAUGAUUUAAAUCUGACGGAAAGCAGCCUGGAACUGGCUCGAUACAAGAAAGACGUUGAUACAUUGCUAACGGAAAUAAUCAACAGCUUAUCCUGUAUUUCCACUGAAUCACUGGAUUCGAACUGGGAAACACCAUCGAUGGUGGAAGAAGCACGUGCACGUGAAAGGGAGGCCGCAGAAUCACUGCUACGCGCUCGCCUAGAACGUCUGCAACUGGAAGCGCGACUGAACAAGAACACCUAUUUGGUUUCGGAAAACCCACGAACGAAACCAUGGCACCUGUUGCCGGACGUAACGAUCGACCAAAUUCAACUGUCGGAAUCCACGCCGCGUCUACUUGUCGGUCCAGAUCUGCAGGCACCGGUUCGUCAAUGCGUCUCCGGGGAGACGGAGGAAAAUUGGUUACGGGCAAGGAUUGCGAAGAUAUCAGCCUAUCGCGAUGGAAACAUUGAUGGCUCGGCAGCGAACCUUUCGUUGGCCAAGUGUCUGUCGGGAUUGUACUACGGCUCAACGACAGAGUACGAUCAGGAACUGGUGGGCGAGCUAGCUGAACGAUGGUGCGAACGAAAAGAGUUCGGCAUGCAGUAUUGGUCGUCGGAAAAGUGGCCCGGCUUAUGUGCGUUCAAUGCUGACUCUCAAUUCCAUUGCCGAUAUUUUGGCUGGGGUCUAGAGAAGCAAUCGCAAUGGUUCAAUCCCAUCCCUCCGAUAAUAUGA